GGAUCCAUUUACACAAAAUGGGUGUUCUCAGGAUCUCGUGCCUAUUGCUGAUGGUGUGUCUUAUAGGGAACGUGACGGGUUUGCUGUGGCCUUCUUCGACUGAUUCAGGGUUAGAUGGAGUUAGGAAAGCUUCACGAUGGAACAUGCCCUGGCUGGGUAUCGGCAUGUGGUGCAACGGCUGCCCUCCGAAGAGCUGCGAGGACGAUGACGCCAUCAUACACGGGUUCUGCUGCGGCUGCGCUUAUUCUUUAGACAAACUACCAGUGCUGUGUCCCGAGUUCCUCCAGUGCCCGCUGAACCUGCACGGACUCUGUCACGACUACGAAUACAUGAUGAGGUGCUGCUGCUAGCAGUGGCGUAGCUAUAGGCGUGGGCGAAGUGGGCCGUCGCCCACGGCCUCGCGCGAGGCCCCUUCAGUCGGGCCCAUAGAAGAAAAGGGCCUCUCAGAUGCGACUUCGCCCACGGCUAGAUUAGUUCACGCUACGCCACUGGGCGUAGGCACGGGGAGUAGAGACAGGCGUUUUCAUAUUUUUGAGCACCUCGGCCGCUCCGAUAUAUCUGAUGGCGACUGUACCUAAUCGAGUAAUCGCCAUCUGAGCCGAUUGAUUGUUUCGAGACACAGUUUUUUCUUAACCUUUUGAACCACGUUCUACAGAACGCACGUACCUGCACAUAAAAUCAAAUACCAAUGUACCUAAAUGUAUGUUAAAAUUUUAUAAU